GACCGAAAGGCGGAUUUGCCGACAUGCAGGAGGAGGGCUUUCUUUGACAGGCGGAAGAAGGCUUGUGACUGACAGCGGGAUCCGACCCUCAAAAGCCGGCUGUUCUUUUGCUACGUCCCUAAGAAACUGGGGUCUGACUUAUGGCUAACAAAGGGAUGAAUCUCCGCAGCGUGUGUUGCCUGCUUCUUUAUGUUAUCACAGCGGUGCUUGCGGGGAGAGAUUUCUAUAAGAUCUUGGGGGUGAGCAAGACUGCAUCAGUCAAGGACAUCAAGAAGGCCUACAGAAAGCUGGCUCUCCAGUUACACCCCGACAGAAACCCGGACGACCCGAAAGCUCAAGACAAGUUUGCAGACUUAGGUGCCGCUUAUGAGGUGCUCUCAGAUGAGGAGAAGAGGAAACAGUACGAUGCAUACGGAGAAGACGGGCUCAAGGAGGGGCACCACAGCUCACACAACGACAUCUUCUCCAGCUUCUUUGGGGACUUUGGGUUCAUGUUUGGAGGCAACCGACAGCAACAGGACAGGAACAUCCCCCGAGGAAAUGACAUAGUUCUCGACCUGGAGGUUACGCUUGAAGAGGUGUACUCUGGAAACUUUGUGGAGGUUGUUCGUAACAAGCCGGUAGCCAAAGAAGCCCCUGGCAAGAGGAAAUGUAACUGUAGGCAGGAGAUGCGGACGACGCAGCUCGGACCUGGCCGCUUCCAGAUGACUCAGGAGAUGGUGUGCGAUGAGUGUGCCAAUGUAAAGCUGGUGAAUGAGGAGAGAACCUUGGAGGUAGAAAUUGAACAGGGGGUGAGAGAUGAGAUGGAGUACCCUUUCAUUGGAGAAGGGGAGCCUCACAUCGACGGCGAGCCUGGGGAUCUACGUUUCCGCAUCAAAGUGCUGAAACAUCCAGUGUUUGAACGCAGAGGAGAUGACCUGUACACCAACGUCACUAUCUCCCUGGUGGAGGCGCUGGUCGGCUUUGAGAUGAGCAUUGUACAUUUGGACGGACACAAGGUUCAUAUAGUGAGAGACAAGAUCACUAAGCCCGGUGCUCGCAUGUGGAAGAAGGGCGAGGGCCUGCCCAACUUCGACAAUGUCAACAUCCGCGGCUCCCUCAUCAUCACCUUCGAUGUGGAGUUUCCUCAGACGCAGUUCGAUGAGCAGCAGAAAGAAGGUAUUCGGAGUCUUCUGAAGCAGGGCUCUGUACAGAGAGUUUACAAUGGACUACAAGGAUACUAACACAGCAACACACACAGCCUGGACUGAGUUAUCUGCCUCACACACAGACACAUUUUCAGUCGACAGGAGCGUGCCAGGGUGUAUUUAUUAUUCCCAGAUUGUUCUCAGGCUUGAAUCUAGUUUGUUUUUAUUCUUUAAUGUUCUACACUUUGACAGCAGUGGCAGCGUUGCUCAAGUUUUAUUUGAAGGGCAUAAAUGGACACGAUGCCAGAUCCUUGUGCCUGUUUUGUCCCUGCAUUAUGUUGUAAUAAGGCCUUUUGUUUAUGAUUCACCUGUUUCUAUCUGAGCGACGUGUUGAGGUCAAACAGACACUGUCUACAUCUGGUGAAGGAAGAGCUACAGACAAACUGAGCACCUGAAGAAGAAGAAGAAACUAUUUCAACCUUCAGCUGUCGUGGUGUGCACAACCACAAGUUUCUCUAUUUGGUUAGUUUUUUUUUUGUUUUAUAUCAGUUUUAUGCUGGUGCAACGGUUUUCACUCUGGUCAGAUUCCUGUUCAGUAACACUUUGUAAAUAUGGAAGAACAAAGCUCAUUGGUUUGUGUUGUAGUUUUCCUAAUUUAUGUUGCCAGGUUGUGACAGAAGAACUGUCAGCACUGCACAACCCCACAUCCACUGUGGCAAGAGUUGACCUCUUAAAUUAAACAGUGAUGGUUUAUUAUGUUAGAGGAAUGGCAGUUCGCUCCUGCUCCAGUGCCACCAGACCCUCUACUUGUCUGGGUUGAACCCCUCCAUCUCAAAGAGACUUCACACCAUCAGCGCCCCUGCUGGGUGUUGCUGGUUCAGUUUAUAAUGCUGCCGUAGGAUUUCCCUUCUGUUUUUACUGCAGCGCUGCCUCCUGGUCUUCUGAGAGUGUCAUGGCCCCAAAAUGUGAAUUAUUUGGCCAUUUUUACUGAGUGUUCAAGGGGAUCAUGUACUUUUGACUGACAAAAUAAAAAUUUAUAAAACUUU